UUCAAAAGAUACUGUCUUGGACCUUUAGAAAAGACAGAAACAUGUCACUGUCGAUCACAGUCGUAACAUUAUUCUUUGUUGCGUUUGCCACAGGAAAGACAUAUCACCCUCUGUCCGAUGAGUUUAUUUCACACAUCAACUCGAAACAAAGCUCCUGGAAAGCUGGCAGAAACUUCCCAAUGGACACUCCUCUUGAGUACAUCCGUGGACUAAUGGGAGCUCUCAAAAAUCCAUCGCCCUCACUCUCCAUCAAGACCCACGACGCAGACUUAAUAGCCGAUCUGCCGGAAAACUUCGAUUCUAGAGAAAAAUGGCCGAAUUGCCCGAGUAUGCAUGACAUCAGAGACCAAGGAUCGUGCGGGAGCUGCUGGGCGUUCGGAGCCGUCGAGGCGAUGACCGACCGAGUCUGCACUUACUCGAACGGCGCCAAACAGUUCCACUUCUCAGCGCAAGACCUGGUCAGCUGCUGCACGGAUUGUGGAUAUGGCUGUCAGGGCGGGUAUCCAGAUAACGCGUGGCAAUACUGGCGGGAUGUGGGUAUUGUAUCCGGCGGACCGUAUAAUUCCAGUCAGGGUUGUCGGCCUUACGAAAUAGCUCCUUGCGAGCACGGCGACGCAGUCGGGCCUCUGCCGAAGUGCAGUCCCGAGCUAGAACCUACUCCUGACUGCGUAGAUAAAUGUGAGGCUGGCUACAACAAGGAGUAUAAACAGGACAAGCGCCGCGCCAAGCAAGUUAAUGUGCUUAAAGGUGAAGACGACAUGAAAGCGGAAAUAUAUAAGGGCGGACCUAUUGAAGCUGCUUUUGAUGUAUACACCGAUUUCAUUCAUUAUAAAAGCGGUGUGUAUUUGCACACGUGGGGAAAAUGCCUCGGUGGGCACGCCAUCAAAGUGCUGGGCUGGGGCGUGGAGGGGGGGAAGAAGUACUGGCUGUGUGCUAACUCGUGGAACAGCGACUGGGGAGACAAAGGCUUCUUCAAAAUCCUGCGAGGAGUGGACCAUUGCGGCAUCGAGAGUGCCGUUGUAGCUGGGGAACCUGACUUAGAAGGGUUUUAGAACUUACGUCAGGCUCUUAUAGUCGGUCAAGCCAUUAGAAAAAGAGGCAAAAAUGGAGGCUGGAAUAUGUGUCGCCCUGUAGAUAAUUAUAAUUACUCGCCUCUUUCUAGUGACAAACUCGUUCGACCGGCUAUAAAAGCCAUCAUGAUCAUUUCAAUAUUCAGUUGAAAUAAAUAAUUCAAAAUGA